AUGCUUGGCUUUAUUGUUUUGAUUAGCUUAGCCAAGCAGUCGCUUGCCCAGUCUGACUCGACCGCUCUCGAAGGAUGGCAGUUCAACGACAACUCACGCUCAAGUUGGGAUAUUCUCUGGACCUGUCUUUCAACAAUAUUUGCAUGUACAUGGACAGCGCUACAUCUGUCCGUUCCGAAACGAGAUCAAUCUGACACUGUGUACACCAUUGGGAAGCUUAUAGCCUGGAUCGGCGCUGUGCUCGCUCCAGAAUUAAUGGCUGGGAUUGCGGCUGAGGAGCGAUGGCGGGCGAGAGCCAUAGCAGCGCGCUGCAAUGCUGCAUUUUACAGGCUAUCUGAUAAGUCAAGCAAAUCGAAUUCUUCGCCCCUGAAGACUCUCAAUAUAGAGGAACAUAAUAUUGAACAGAGAGUUGACGGAGAAGGCACGUCACAUGUGGACGAAGAUACUUCAAAUCAGCAGAAAGAGGCCUCAACAAAAGAGGAGGUGCCUUCAAAUGAAGAUGAACCCACUUUACCCACUGUUCGUUGGUCUACUGUUCAGGGCUUUUGUCUGGCCAUGAAUGGUGUUCUUCUUCAGACUAAAGAUGGUUGGACCUAUCCAGUGCAACCAAACAAUGUUAUUCCAUUGAUUGAAGCCGGUGUUGUGAGCCCUCUCCACCUGAGAUCCCGCGAUAUCAAAGACCGCGCCAAAGCCGAUUCCUUUGCAAAAGGAUUUACCUUGCUGCAAAGCUUUUGGGUGACGUGUAACAUAAUUGCAAGACGGGCAUAUGAAUUGCCGAUCUCGCCACUUGAAUAUUCGACCGUGGCUUAUGUUGCCUGUGCUAUUGUUACUUAUGUAACAUGGUGGCAUAAGCCGAGAGACAUGACGACGCCAAUCCUCAUAUUCUUGCCAUAUGACAAAGAUGGUACGGACAUGCCACUCAAAAUCAGGAACACCUUGAAUGAAGGCCACGGAUCCUGGGCUCGUUUAACGCAGGGCGAUGUCGAGGACGAAAAUUCAGAAUUGAGACACCUGAUCAAAUCGACAAGAGCAGUGGGAACUCUUCUUAGUCUACCAUUUACCUCAGAAGGGCGGAAACUUCUGACUGAGACAUGUAAGCAGGGGUAUAGAGAUGGAAAAGAAGAAGAAGGACUGAGUGAUGACACAUCUCUCAAUAAUGGCAACCGCCAAGAUGAAGAAAAUCCUAGGCCAUCGCCUCCCAAUAGUAAGCCACAGGAACGCACCAGCAAGGCCAAAAACCCACAAGAGCCAGUGGCUUUGGCGGCUUACCUCAAUCUCACGCAUCUCUAUAUGUUUGUCGGACUACUUUUCUGUGGAGUACAUAUUGCUGCGUAA